AUGAACGCCAUCUAUGCAGGAAACUUUUUCGUCGUCCAAAACAAGGUCAUGCUGCUACUCUCCGCGUGUGGAGAGACUGAGCGACGCAAGGACGACGAGAAAGGCGUUGUCGCCGAGGGGUAUGACCGGGAAAAAGGAAUCGCUUUUGUCGUAAAAUAA